UUCUUUGGAUAACAUCAGUUUUUCUCUCAAGUGCUCCGUGCACCCGUUUCUUUCUUGCAGAGGAGUUAUGACCGCAUUAGCGGGGGGCAUUUCCAGGAUGAUGCGCCCCACGCCACCCCAAAACUACCCGAGAGGAGGCUUUUCCUUGGAGGUCUCAACGCCGUUAGGUCAGGGCCGCGUGAACCAGCUCGGUGGAGUCUUCAUAAACGGACGCCCUCUGCCCAAUCACAUCCGCCACAAGAUAGUAGAGAUGGCCCAUCACGGGAUACGACCGUGCGUCAUCUCCCGACAGCUGCGCGUGUCGCACGGAUGCGUUUCCAAAAUUUUAUGCAGGUACCAGGAGACCGGAUCCAUUCGGCCCGGUGCUAUUGGUGGCAGCAAACCCAAGCAGAGCACAACUCCCAAUGUGGAAAAGAAAAUCGAAGAAUACAAGAGAGAGAAUCCAGGGAUGUUCAGCUGGGAGAUUCGGGAUAAACUUCUGAAAGAUGGAAUCUGCGACCGAAAUAACGUGCCCUCAGUGAGUUCCAUCAGCCGCAUGCUGCGCUGUAGAUUUGGUGGAAACGGAAAUGAGGAUGAGGAUGAUGAUGAAGUGGAAAAAAGGGAGAUCGAGGAAAACGAAAGAAGAGCCAAACACAGCAUCGACGGGAUUCUCGGCGACAGAUCAAGCCACUCAGACGAGGGCUCAGAUGUGGACUCAGAACCGGGUUUGCCAUUAAAGAGGAAACAGCGGCGCAGUCGGACCACGUUCACGGCCGAGCAGCUGGAGGAGCUGGAGAGAGCUUUCGAACGCACCCAUUACCCUGAUAUUUACACCAGAGAAGAGCUCGCUCAGAGAGCUAAACUCACCGAGGCACGAGUACAGGUUUGGUUCAGUAAUAGAAGAGCUCGAUGGAGGAAGCAGGCAGGAGCCAAUCAGCUCAUGGCGUUUAAUCACCUGAUACCUGGUGGUUUCCCACCCUCUGCGAUGUCGAGUCUUCAGCCCUAUCAGCUGGCGGACAGCCCUUACCCUCCCUCAUCUAUCUCACAAGCAGUAUCGGAGCAGCCCAGCACUGUGCACAGGCCCCAGCCUCUCCCCCCCACCUCAGUGCAUCAGACUGGGCUUGGCAGCGGACCGGGGGCCCAGGACGGGAGUUCGGCCUACUGCCUCUCCUCUGGACGUCAUGGCUUCUCUGGUUACUCGGAUGGCUAUGUGGCUGCUCCGGGACACGCAAACCCAGUGAAUGCCACCAUCAGCAACGGCCUCCCAUCACAGGUGAUGGGGCUGUUGAAUCCUGGUGGAGUGCCACACCAGCCGCAGAGUGAUUUUGCCCUCUCUCCGUUGACGGGCGGUUUGGAGCCCAGUACAGGCAUGGCUCCCAGCUGCCACUCCUCUCAGAGACUGGAGGCUCUGCCAGGCCUGCCCAGCUCCCAGUCCUACUGCCCCUCCAGCUACACUUCACCCGGGUACAGCGUGGACCACGUGGCGUCUUACCAGUACAGCCAGUAUGGGCAGAGUAAGGUGCCUUUCAUCAUCUGAAACCCAGCAUUGACUGAAUGAAGACAGACAGGAAGGAGA